AUGAGUCACCCCGCACCGCAGCAGUCUCAGACGACGGGCAAUGAAGAGUCCCAAGAACCGCAGACGAGAACGGGAACGGGAAUGGGAAUGAGAUUGAAAGUCAGGUCAUCGACUCUCUCGCCGCAGCAGAUCCCCGCGCUGCUCUCCAAGCUCGAGGCGCUUCUGCCCUUCUCGAUCCCGCUGCUGCGGAGGAUCCAGUUCCAUUUGCAUCAUCCUGUUUCGGAGUCGGCGAGGGUCUUUGUCGCGAUCGCUGAUGAUGAUGAUGACGAUGAUGUUGAGCGAGGAGAAGGGUUGGAGGAGGAGGGUGGUUCGGGGUUUGUGGAUCGAUGGUUGUUGAGAGCAGGAGGAGAAGAAGCAGCAGACUCGCAGCCCUGGAUUGCAGCACACAUCGACCUGGCGAACGCAGGCCAAUGCCAGGUCUGGAUGUUUGCGAGCUGGGAGGCCGAUGGACGGUAUCCCUUCUCGUCAUCAAGCACAGUCACAGAUUCAUCCUCAGCCUCUCCAUCCACCAACAACUCUUCCUCGUCUCCAUCCACCACCACCACCUCCCCGUCACUCAUACUUCCGGUCCACCAAGCCCUCAUGCGCCAGCUCUUCACCUACAUCCACACCUCCCUCAUCCCCGCGCUCCCAACCACCCCGCCAGCCUCGUGGCUCGAACUGAAACGCACCGGGAAAUACCUGUCUGUGCCGUACUCGCGGAAUAAAGUGCUGUUCGGGACCAUCUCUGAAAAGCUCUGGGAACUUUUCCCCAUCGGGGCGAGGACGAGGACGGAUGAUGGGUAUUGGAAGUAUUUGUUCCGGGUGGCUUCACCACCUGCAGUGUCGUCGACGCCAACGGCAACGGCAACGGCAACGGUACCGUCAUUGUCAAUGUCAUCGUCAGGUCUAUUACCGCCGCAACAAUCACCACCACUCAUCCCAUCCUCCUCCCUUCCGGCAGGGUACACCUUCGGCCCCAUGCUCCCCACGCACUUGCAGACCGUGCUCGACCGCACGCCCAUCCCGCGCACACUGGAGACGCUGCGCGAGUACGUCUCCGCGGGCAUCUUCUACCGCGACGACGAAUUCCCCAUCGGCUGGGGCUUCUUGGGCAAGGACGCCAGCCUGUCCAGUCUGCACACCGAGCCCGAGCACCGCGGCAAGGGCCUCGCCGUGGCGUUGGCGGGUGAGCUGUUGAGGAGGCAGCAUGUUGUUUCGCCCGCGGUGGCGGCCGCGGCGGAGAAGGAGAUGGAGAUGGAGACGGAGACCAACAACACCACCGUCAACACUGAUAUCGCUACUACUACUAUUACCGACCAUACCGGGUAUACGUGGGCCCACGCCGACGUCUCCAAAGCCAACACGGCCAGCCGCCGCGUCAUGGAGAAGCUGGGCGGUGUGCCAAUGUGGAUGGUCAUGUGGACCGAGGUGGAUGUUGAGAAGGUCGUGUCGGGGUUAUGA